CCCAACUCAGUCAUCCUCCCACCAGCCGUAUCCUAGAUGCAGAUCAGAGAGAAAUAAAAUAACAAUAUCAAAGCUUUUGUAGAAAAAGAGCAGCAGACUGCUUAGGUCAGACAGUUGAGUUGCUGGGAAGCCCUGAAACUUGUUGGCUGCAAGAGGACUAUUUGCACCAACUGGAAGUACAGGCUGAGCUGUGAAAUGGCCAGACUCCAGAACCUUCUUUGCAUUGUAUGUCUGUUGGGGCUUGCUGCCACCCAGGACAUGCCUUAUGAGGAACUUGCUGCCCAGAUUCAAGCCUGCCCUAAGGAGUGUCGCUGCCCCCCAAAUUUUCCCCGGGCUGUCUACUGUGACAAUAAAGGCCUGAAGAAUCUUCCCAAAAUCCCACCGUACACUUGGUACCUUUACCUUCAGAACAAUCUAAUUGAAGCCCUGUCAUCGAAUGCUCUGCAGAACGCAACGCAGCUGCGUUGGAUCAAUCUAAACCGCAACAAAAUCACAAGUGAAGGAGUGGGGGAUGUUCUGAGCUCAAUGACAAACCUGGCUCACCUGUACAUGGAUGACAACCUGCUGUCUUCAGUGCCAUCUCCCCUGCCAGCCAGCUUGGAGCACCUCCGUCUGUCCCGCAAUCGAAUCUCUAAAAUCCCAGCCGGUGUCUUUGUUGGUCUGGAGAAGCUUAGCCUCCUGGACCUCCAAGGAAAUAAACUGAUGGACGAUGCAGUGACUGAAGUGAGCCUGAAAGGUCUCAACAGCCUAGUACAAAUCAAUUUGGCCAAAAACCAGCUUAGCAAAAUGCCUCUUGGAUUACCACCCAGCACUACGCAGCUUUACCUUGAUGGCAACAACAUUGACAAAAUCCCAGCAGGUUAUUUUAAGGGUCUACCCAAGAUGGCAUUUCUGAGGCUUAACAACAACAAACUUGGUAGCAGUGGAUUCCCCAAAGAUGUUUUCAAUCGCUCAAGCAUUUUGGACUUGCAGCUGUCCUAUAAUCAGCUGACCGAGGUUCCCCUCAUUUCCUCAGGCCUUGAGCACCUUCACCUCGACCACAACAAGAUCACAUACGUCAAUGGCUCCAAAAUCUGUCCUGUUUCCGUCGAUGCGGUGGAUGACUCGCUCAAUGAAAGCGUGCCUCAGCUACGUUACCUGCGACUGGAUGGCAAUGAGAUUAAUCCUCCAAUUCCCAGGGAUGUCAUCACAUGCUUUCGUUUCCUCAGGUCGAUUGUUAUUUAAACUGGUGAUGAUCAGAACGCUGCUUACUGAAAACAAUAACUCGGAUGCAGAUGUUGUAAAUGAAACUUGGGAAAUGAUUCAUGCUCACCGGUUUGUUUGGAAACAUAUCCUUUAGAGUGGAGAUUCCGUUGAAGGAAAAUGAGCAACUACACUGAACGCUUCAAUUGUGGCAAUCUGUUGGCUGUUGUUUGUGCCUUAUGUGGAUGUAAACAUCUGCAUGUGGAGGUCCUACACCGCAAUUUAUUCAAAUAUAUCAAAACUGCAUGGAUUACCGUGAGAACAUGUUGUUUUUGAUUGUGAAUAGCUUUGAAAACUCAAUGUUGUUUUUGAGUUUGAGCGAGCCAAAGCUUUAGUGCAUAGGCAAAUGCUUUUGUUUUCUUUGACCUCUUUAUACUUGUAGGCUUGAAUUCAAAUGACUGUUUUUAGGUUUGUGUUGUUUACUUACAGAAUUUUCUUCUCAAAUGUUUAUGUAAACUGUAAGUAAUUAUUCAUGUUUAACAGUGGCAGAAAUAGGUUGAUUCAUGUGAACAUUCAUGGCCAACAUUCCUUAAAGUUUUCUAUACAGAAUGUGAAUACUUGUUUUUAAAAAAUGCCAAUACACUUUUAAAAUGAUCUGUUUUUCUGAAUAAACUGCACAAAUUAACUGUAUUUCAACCUGUAUUUCAAAUAAAUUAAACUCCUUAGAAUAAACAUUUGUAUUUGUU